AUGACUGUUCCAGGCCACGAGUAUCCGACGGGGAUGAUCCAGACCAUUGGAGACACAUUCCAGUUUGCGGUGGAUGUGGGUGAAUUUUCUCCAGAGGAUGUCAUCGUCACAUCCUCCAACAACCUGAUAGAGGUCCACGCUGAGAAGCUGGGAGAGGAUGGCACUGUCAUAAACACAUUUGCCCACAAAUGCCAGCUCCCAGUGGACGUGGAUCCCCUGUCUGUGAGCUCCACCAUGGAGAGCAGUGGCAUCCUGACAGUCAAGGCUUGCAGGAUAUUUUAG